UGAGGUUAUUUGUGAGGAAACAAGAGUCGUCCCCAUCCACCCUUUUCAAGGAACUUUGUGCAGUUCGAACGGGAAGUGGUUAGUUCGCAACAUUCUUCAAAAAGUGUGCGUGGACACGUUUAUGCCCCCAGAAGCUCUCACGUAUUUUGAAGAAGAUGAACUCGCCAUCAUCAUCAAAGCAGUGGAAGAGUUGAAGAACUCGUUGGUUAUUGGGGACCGUGAACUAGUCUUUAUAGACGAAGCAGAAGAAGGCGACCGACCACUGGGCGACCCGAUUCUCAGGGCAAAGAUUGAAGAAGGGACUUCCAAAAUUUGCAAAUUGGAGGAAGACCUGCAUCAGGCCUCGCUUCGUGAAGAAAAGUUGCUCAAGGAGAACGACAAAUUGAGGUCUCAGUUGGAGGAUGAGAAACAAGCUCACAAUGAGACAAAAAAAAUGUUGGUGGCGAUGAAGCGAGAACGAGCUUUGUUGCUGCGUGCAAAUUCUGAAAAGAGGAAUGAGAACCGUGUUCCCCUCUCAAACGCCACCAACUCACCGGUCAAGAGGAAGAAAUGACAUAAUCUUUCUUGAACUUAUCAUUUUUUUUUGUGAUCAAUCAUUAGACAUAAAUAACCUUGUUAUAAUUAAACUAUGGUAAAUAAUAAUAACCUGCGCUUUGAA